AUGCUUGCUAAGUUUCCGCUUUAUUUAAUCGCAACGGCUCUAGGUUUUGAAGUCAUUCAGGCCCGAAUCAUGGACUAUCGCGCCGAAGGCAGCCUUUACCGCGAAAUAGCUGACCCUGCUCGAGCACGAUACUACAGCAAGCCGCCUGGCUACUAUCAAGGCAGCACUCUGGGCCGUACGUCUUCCAAUGUACUUAAGAAGCGAGCGGGCCCGUUGGAGAGCUAUCUGCCGGCCUCGCACUACUAUCCGCCCGCACUAGGAUACGUAGUGCAUUCCGAGACUUCACGGCUACUAACCCCACGCACUAAGAACUUCAUGUACAAUAACAUAAACAUCGUCUACUUGUACAACCGUGGUCUUAGUCGCUUCAUUGGCUACAACCACGAGAACAACAUAAACUACAAAGCCGUGGAUGUUGAUGGAGGCUACGCCAAAUUUACCUUGGUGAUAGUUCCCGGCGACGAGGGAUCAGCAGUUGAGCGACUUCUUGAAAUCCCAGAUGGCGACUAUAAGGCCUCUCUAGCUACUAAGAAACUCUCUGUGCGCGAAGGGAUGAUGAAGUGGUACGCGGAGGAAGGUCUCAAAAAAGGGUCCAGCAUUAUUCGUCGCGCAGACGGCGGCACAAACAGUGAGUUGAUCAUUACCCCUACGUACUACCAAAGAGAUCAUGCCUUCAAAAUCAUGUUCGGCCGAUAUUGUGCUACUGCCAAAUAUGACACAGGCGACAUUACCCUGGAAGAGUGCGUGGACGACAACGACGGCCACCCAACCAUUGAGAACGAUCUUCAGCUGUUCACCUGGUGCAGCGUCAAGUCCCCUCGAGAGUGCAUCAAGAACUCGUGGGGCGAGCCCAAACAACUGAGCCACAUGGAAUAUGUUGCUCGACGCUAA